AUGAAGUUCUUCAUUGACAACCUUCCAAUAAUAUUUCCCUAUGACCGUAUUUACCCUGAGCAAUAUGCAUACAUGUGCGAUCUCAAGAGAACACUCGAUGCAACAGGUCACUGUGUUCUGGAAAUGCCGUCGGGCACAGGGAAAACAGUUUCGCUGCUGUCAUUAAUCGUGUCCUACCAACAGUUUUAUCCAACACGCAGAAAGCUUGUUUAUUGUUCUCGAACGGUACCGGAGAUCGAGAAAGCGUUGGCGGAACUCAAACGUUUGAUGGCCUACCGAAUAUCUCAUGCGGAGACGCCAGAGGAGAAGGAGAAGGAACGCAGCUUUAUGGGCAUGGGUUUGACGAGUCGGAAGAACCUUUGUAUACACCCCGAGAUAUCCAAGGAGAAGAAGGGACGGGUUGUGGAUGCGAGGUGUCGAGAUCUUACAAAUGCCGCUGUGUGUGAGAAGGGAAGGGCAGACCCUGAUUCCGUUGAACUUUGUAGCUGGCAUGAGGAGCUUGGAAAAUUAGAACCAGGAAAUCUCAUACCACAGGGCAUUUGGACACUGGCCGAUAUUCUAGAGUAUGGCCGUGACAAGGGAGUCUGUCCCUAUUUUGCUGUUCGCCGGAUGGCAAGUAUGGCAUUCGCAGACGUAAUCAUAUACUCAUUCCACUAUCUCUUGGACCCCAAAGUUGCGGAGCAAGUAUCAAAGGAGAUGUCAAAGGACGCAAUUGUUGUAUUCGACGAGGCCCAUAACAUCGACAAUGUUUGCAUCGAGUCUCUAAGUAUCGACCUCACGAGGCCUAUGCUAGACUCUGCGACCCGGAGCGUCGUGAAACUAGGAGAAAAGAUUGAGGAGCAAGUAAUCAAGAUCACUGAUGCUGCAAAACUUCAAGAUGAGUAUGCGAAGCUUGUUGAAGGACUUCAAGAGCCAGGUGGCGAGGACGGUGAUGCCUUUAUGGGAAAUCCUCUUUUACCAGAAGACCUUCUUAAUGAAGCUGUCCCCGGCAACAUUCGAAAAGCAGAACAUUUCGUUGCUUUCCUUAAAAGAUUCGUUGAAUAUCUGAAGACGCGAAUGCGUGUUCUUCAUGUUGUCGCAGAAACGCCAUUGUCAUUCCUCCAGCACCUGAAAGACAUUACGUAUAUAGAGAGGAGACCUCUUCGCUUUUGUGCGGAACGGUUGCAAUCACUCAUUCGAACACUAGAGCUUAAUCGUUUGGACGAGUAUGCUAGCCUCCAGAAAGUGGCCAGUUUCGCAACUCUUGUCUCGACCUACGAAAAAGGCUUCCUCCUUAUAUUGGAGCCUUUUGAAACAGAUAACGCGACGGUCCCUAAUCCGAUUUUCCACUUUACCUGCUUAGAUCCUUCCCUCGCCAUAAAGCCUGUAUUCGAGCGCUUUAGCAGCGUUGUGAUCACAUCUGGAACUUUGUCACCUUUGGACAUGUAUCCAAAGAUGUUGCAAUUCACCCCUGUUGUGCAGGAGACGUAUCCAAUGACAUUAACCCGAAAUGCUUUUUUGCCACUCGUUAUCACGCGUGGAAGUGACCAGGUUGCAAUCAGUUCGCGCUUUGAAGUUAGAAACGAUCCUGCCGUCGUUCGCAACUUUGGAAGUAUCUUGAUUGAGUACAGCAAAAUAGUUCCAGAUGGGAUAGUGGCCUUUUUUCCGAGCUACCUAUAUAUGGAGUCCAUUGUGGCUGCUUGGAAUGAUAUGGGUAUACUCAACGAGGUGUGGAAGAACAAGCUUAUCUUUGUUGAAACGCCCGACGCAAACGAGACCAGUAUAGCCUUGGAGAACUAUCGGAGGGCAUGUGACAACGGUCGAGGAGCCGUACUUUUGUCUGUUGCUCGUGGUAAAGUCUCAGAAGGGAUUGAUUUUGAUCAUAACUAUGGUCGAGCUGUCAUUAUGUUCGGGGUUCCUUACCAAUAUACGGAGAGUCGCAUUCUCAAAGCGCGACUUGAAUACCUGCGAGAUGCAUACCGAAUACGUGAAUCAGAGUUUUUAGGAUUUGAUGCUAUGAGAAAUGCUGCGCAAUGCGUUGGUCGCGUUUUGAGAGGAAAAACGGACUGGGGUUUGAUGAUUUUUGCAGACAAGCGUUUCGCGCGGGCAGAUAAACGGGCUAAACUUCCGCGAUGGAUCAAUCAAUACAUCACAGAAACGGCUUCUAAUCUUUCAACUGACAUGGCCUUGACGCUUUCAAAACUUUUCAUGCGAACGAUAUCUCAGAAUCCAAACGAAAAUUCAACCGGGGUGUCACUCUGGUCGCUUGAAGACUUGCCCAUUCUACGUCAGCCUGCAUAG